AUUAGGAAACAUAAAAUAAUGGCAUCCCUUAGUUUAUCAACAACCGUUAUUACAGCUGAUCUGACGCCAGAAAUUUAAGUAAUUUAGUAAUGCAUAACAAUAAAUAAAAACAAAUCGGACGAAGUUAUACAAAAAUUUAACUUGCAAAUGAAAAAUGAUUGCUGACGACAUUGCAGAUAACGAAGAAGAAACAAUUGUUAUUCAAGAAAAGUUUAUCAGAACAAAAGGGAAAUGUAAAACACAUUUACGUCCGAAUGACAUAUACCUUGAAUUAAAAUUAAGAGAUCGUGCCGGUAAAUGUAGGGGAGCAGGACGGUUGGAGUGGAGACCUGAAAGUGUUAUGGAACGAAGCGACAAUGAUAAACCACAAAUGAGUUACAACAUAGUACAUGGCGAUAUAUGGUACCAUAUUGCGGAUCAUAUUCCUCCUGAAUACGUUCAAACCUUUGCUUUAAUAUGCCGUCAAACGGCAGCACUUGUUAAUACACAAAGAUUUUGGAAAAAAAUUUACAGAAGUUAUUGCCAGAAAUCAAGUGCUGAAACUAAUUGGAUACUUACACUGCCUGAAUACUUGCAGUCGCAUAACGUACUUAACUGCGAGUUGGCCACAAUGCGUGCGCGUGUAGUGGAAUCACUAUUCCAAACCUAUUCACCAUUGUCAGAUCGUAUGGCGAAAGGGUAUUCUUUAGAUAAGUUAAUUGGAUAUUCUUAUGUAUCUUCAUGGCAUGAACAAGAGGAGUGUGUAUGGAUAGCAUGCUAUAAGUUUUGCAACAAACAGCAAAACAAAACAGAAGUGAAAAAAGGACGUGAUUUAAAUGAAUUCCUGUCAAAUGGUUGCGAAACCGACGACUGGGAGACAUUGGCGGAAGACAAUAAAUUGUGUAUGAAAUCAAAAUAUAUUCCUGCUAAAAACCACACAAAUGAAGGUGUGUGUUUGCUAGUAAUACGCUGUGACCGUUUUAUACCUUUUCCCACUCAUCUGUUUUACGAUAGUGGAAGAUCGCGCGUAUUGUUGUUAGGGACGCGACAAAUGCUUGCUAAAGACAUGCGCGCCAUAAACUUAGAAUUAGAUUUUGGAGACUCUUCUAGUAAAAUUAUUACUACUGUGAAAUAUCCCAAAGUUGCAAGCGUUAAAGCUUUUCCUUGGUGGCACCCCGAUUUCCGAAAAUAUAGUAUAUGGUAAAUCUUGUUUAAUUGAUUGAGUAAAGUGUACCAGUAUGCAUGGCAGUUAUGAUUUUUUUUAAUAAAAAUGGUAUCUUUAUUUUUUCAUAGAAACGCACAA